UCUUCCAUUUUUAAAAGUCUAUGCCGUGGUAUGCCCUAUGGUCGCAAAUCACUUAAUUAUAAAUCGUCAGUUCACUCAAUUGGUCAGUUCGAACUUAGAAGUUAGAACAUCGUCUGGUCGUCGAAUCGUCGAUUUAUGAUUUAUCCCUCCCACCACCCCACAGACGCAAGCACAAAAAACUACACACCCCUCAAUCAGCAAACGCCGCAAUAGGCAAUACCAUACGCAGUACGCACCAAUUUUGUUGAUUUCCCGCAGCRGUGGUCGAACGGGUUACUCGCCGCCGGUACAGCGCGCUCUCGCGGAAUCGACAAGCCUCUCUCGGCGAGCUCAUUUACUAUGAUCAUUUUCGACAACGACGCAAUGUUACAAGUCGGCUGUUGAACGACGGUUGCGCGCGCUCCACUUGCAGUUUCUCAAUCGCACAGGCACCGAAUUCCUACAGACGACCGUCUAAAAUGGCCGUCGCUGUUCACUUUUGAUCUUGACCGCUCCGUACCACGUUUCGUGUCGAUAGCGAUAACGUCAUCUCCUAGUCGCAUUCGUCUGCCUCGCUUCUCGCUGUUUCGGUUUCAAAAUAUGCAUCACUCUGACCAUUUUUGAAUUCUUUUACACGACCCCGCCACUCCUGAGGCAUGACUAUCAUAGUAUUCCUCAUUGACACCUCGGCGUCCAUGUGCCAGCGGACUUACAUGGGUGGCCGGCCGACGCUCUUAGACAUCGCCAAAGGGGCCGUCGAGUCCUUUGUGAAGGUGAGACAGCGAUCUUCAGAGAGCCGAGGCGAUAGAUACAUGUUGUUAACGUUUGAAGAACCGCCAGCCAACAUCAAG